CGAGCCAUCCACCCAGGACGCCUUAUCCCGUCGGCUUCCGGCCUUCUGCCGCCCAACGGCACGGUGGCAACUCCCCGCCGCGCGUCGCGGUCGCGACCUCCACUCGGACGAGAAGGCGAGCUGCUCGCCGUCCUCCUCCGCCCUCGACGGGGAGAGGCUGCAGCCGGUGGCCGCGCGGGAGCGCAGGCGCCACCGCGGGUUUUGGGUGCGAGUGUCUGUGUGUGAGGCACUUGAGGAAGUACGGGUUUAUGCAGCAGGCUUGCAGCGUCCAGUUGUGUAGGCCAUCAAGGUCUCGUCGGCAAGAAUCAUUGCCCAAAUCGGUUGGAUCCCUGGCUACAGGGCGCCCUGGUUACUUAUGGGGGAGUCAGGGACUGUCCGGGUUGAAAUGUAUGGUGCUGUGUUGUCAGCUACCACAAUCUGCUAGUGCGGUUCAUCUUCAGGAAGAGGACAAAUAUUCAUGUAUUGAUCAUUCAGCAUCAUAUCUGCAUGUGCAAUCUGUUAGGAGCUUUCCCAUUGAAAAAUUCUAUGGAGAGCUGGUCCUGGUGCGGCUUGAUUCGGAAAUCCUCUGUGAUCCUCUAGGACCAUUUAAUUUGUCGCUGAGAAGGACUCUGUCAACUAUCAAAUAUUUGUACAAAGCAGGUGCAAAAGUGCUUCUGAUCACCAGUUGGGUUCCGGUUCUUCAAUCUUUUAACCCUGUACUCAAGUCCACUGAAAGUUUUGCAGACUAUCUGUCAUCGCUUCUUCAAGUGAAAGUGGUCCCGGUAAAUGGUGUGCCUGAUUUAACAUCAUUUAAUCCAGAAAGGUGGAUGCAGAAUGACAUUAUUUUGUUUGAAAAUCUUUUGAACUUCAAAGGAGAAAAUACAAACUGCAAUAUUUUUUCUCAGAAGCUUGCUUCAGGUGCUGCAAUCUUUGUCAAUGACUCUUUCUCGCUGUCCCAUAAGAUGCUAGCAUCUACUGUUGGUAUCACUCGCUUCUGCCAUGCAUCCCUUGCUGGUUUCCAUCUUGAGGAGGAGCUUAUGCAAUUGAGAAAGAUCACAGACACCACAAGGCGCCCAUACAUUGCAAUAAUUGGAGGCAGUAACUUCUUGAGAAAGGCACCUGCUCUGGAACUGUUAGCCUCUCUAUGUGAUGGGCUAUUCUUUCUUGGCAAAUUGUCAUUUCAAAUAAUGAAUGCCCUUGGAAUUCCAGUGCCAUCUUGUUUUGUUGAAAAAAAUGCAACCAAGGAAGUGCUUCAACUUAUACAAAUAGCUCAUAGCAGGAAUAUUCCUAUUUAUUAUCCAACAGAUGUCCGGUGUUUAUACAACAAGAACAACAAUAAUGAAAAUCCAGAAACCCUUGAGUCUGCUGAACUAUUGUCUGGCUGUACACCAGAUGAUAUAGGGCCAUCAACAUUGGAGAAAAUUUCCUCGCUAAUACCAUUAUACAAGAAGAUCCUAUGGAUUGGCCCGACAGGUUAUGACUUAACAGAAGAAUUUUCAGUUGGGGCAACACAGUUGGGUAGCAUACUGUACAAGGCAAUUCAUAAUAGCUGUGAUGUUAUCGUAGUGGGGAGUGCAGCAUGUAAAGCAGUAAAAGGAGUACCAGAAUCCUCAUCAAAAUAUACAACAUUUAAAAAUGUAUCUGUCGUUUGGGAAUUCCUCAAAGGAAGAAUAUUGCCUGGUAUUGCAGCUUUGGAUAAAAGUUACCCCUAUCAGAUACCAUGGAAUGCUGUCUUUUCUGACCCUACACAACCGUUGGUAGUUGAUAUUGGAAGUGGAAAUGGUUUGUUUCUUUUUCAAAUGGCUAGAAAAAAUUGGGAAGGCUCCAAUUUUCUUGGGCUUGAGAUGAAUGAAAAGCUUGUUACAAGGUGCCUCCAGGAUGUCGCUUCAGUUGAUAAAAGGAAUCUAUAUUUUGUAUCAACAAACGCAACAUCCACAUUUCGAUCAAUAGUGUCAAGUUACCCUGGACACUUGACUCUCGUCACAAUACAGUGCCCAAAUCCUGAUUUCAACAAAGAGCGAAAUAGGUGGAGAAUGGUACGAAGAAUGCUCGUUGAAGCAAUUGUUGAUCUUCUUCAGACCAAUGGGAAGGUUUACCUGCAGUCUGACGUGGAGUCCGUUCUGCGCGGAAUGAAAGAGCAGUUCAUGACAUACGGCAAGGGCCGGCUGGUAGUGGACGGCGGCCAGAUGGAGAACCCGUUCGGCGUGGCGUCCGACUGGGAGCGCCAUGUGCUGGCUCGUGGAGCUCCCAUGUACAGAACGAUGCUACGCAAAGUGUGACAGGACCGGAACAAUGCUGCUUUUGGCGUUUUGGUUUGCCCCCAUUGCUCGUCUCUGUACAACUACUUCGUCAUUACAUUUGUUUCACAGAAGAUGUUUAAAAACCGGAAUCCGAUCUUCAUAACCAGAGAACAAGUUAACUGUUUAUAUCAUGUAUCAUUCAGAUCAAACUGAAGGAAUCCUAGAAACUAUUCAGAUCAAGAUGUAAUAUGUCAAACAUCAUCCUGCCCGAAUAACAUCUGUUGCUAAUUGCAGGCUCAAAAGUCAA